UGAAGUUCGUAUGUCCCAGGCGUCUCUGAACACGUCACCGAACUUUUUCGAAGGGGCUGUUGAGGUGAAGAAAAGUGGUUUAUUAGUGUGGGGCGUUUAAUAUGUCGCAGGUUAUCGCGUGAGAAGCGGAUUAUAUAGCUAUCUGGACAUGCUCCAAAAGACUUUACGGAAGUUUUCCAGCUUUGACAACUUUGCUGAGCUGGGUGUUUGACUGCUCUGAUUUCUGUACCUGGACUCGUUCAAAGCGAACCAUGUCGCAGCCGGAGCAGAAAGAGCCCACCCUGAGCUCGGAUGCACCUAAACCCGCUCCGGUGAACCCCAGAGCGGUCUGUAGCGUGUGUAAACGCCUUUACCGGGACCCUAAAAUCCUCCCCUGCCUUCACACGUUCUGCUCCGACUGCAUCGGCCAGCUGGAGGCGUUCUCGGUGUCUUCUCGUGGGAACGGGAGUUGCGGAGAGGCGGUGAAGACAAGCCGACAAAGCGUCACAACAACGGUACUGUGUCCCGAGUGUGACUCCGAAGUGGACCUCCCUCAGCAGGGUCCGGCCGGACUGAGUACAGACCACCUGGCGCUGGACGAAGUGUUCCUGGAGACCCUGGUGACCAACGGCCCGCUGGGAUGCGACCUGUGCGGGGAAGGAGGCGCUGAGAGCCGCUGUGAGGUCUGCUCGGUCAACCUUUGCGAGUUCUGCUGCCAAGCUCACAGACGUCAGAAGCGAACAGCGUCUCACUCUGUUCAGGCGGUGGAGGACCUGAAGGCUCGUGGACGUCUUGGUCGUCCCAUCCUCUGCUCUCUUCACCCCGGCCAGGAGCUCAGGCUCUUCUGUCAGCUCUGCGACCUACCCGUAUGUCUGGACUGCGCUUCCACGCUGCACAGAGACCACCACUGCUGUCCUACGCACGACGUCAUCGACCAUCACGGUGACCGUAUUCGAGAUCUGGUCAGCACGCGUCUACGACCCCGACUGGAGCAGAUGGAGGAAGUUCUACAGAAGGUGGAAACUUCCCAGGAGAAUUUGAAGGUACGGGUCGAGGCAACAGCCAGUGAGAUCAGAGCCUUUGCUCGAGGCUACGCCAGCGCUGUGGAGGCCCAUUGUCUGUCUCUGCUGCGGCGCCUAGAGGAGCUUCAGGUCCAGCGCAGAAACGUCCUCCACCUGCAGAGCGUGCAGCUGCAGCAGGGCCUGCUGGAUGUCCGAGGCAGUGUGGCGUUUGCCGAGCGCCUCCUGAGCUGUGGGUCUGACGCCGAGAUCCUCAGCGCUAAAGGAGUGACUCUAAGACGACUCGCCAGCCUGGCAGAGAGAGGCUAUAACCCUUGUCCAGCGGCGGUCGCCCCAGACGAUAGCAGCAGCAUUUGCUUCCUGCCCAGAGAGCCAGCCGGAGAGGUGGAGGGCUACCCAGUGGUGGGUGUGAUUAACUGGAGGACGCUGGAUGUCAGCAGGUGCACCAUUGAAGGAGAAGGUCUGCGGCGGGGCAGCGAGGGCCAGCCGGGCCGUUUUAGCCUGGUGUGUCGAGACUCAGCCGGGGAGCAGAUGGCUCGAGGAGGAGAGCAGGUCCUCGUCAGCAUCGUCCACAAAGAGAAGAAGAACUGCGCUGUGGAGACGGUGGUGGUGGACAACGCUGAUGGAACGUACAGCGUUUCAUACAAGCCUGAGGAACCAGGACCUUACUCUGUGUGGGUUUGUGUCAAAGCCCAGCAUGUGAAGGGUUCUCCGUUCCUGCUGAAUGUGAAGAAGAAGUUCAGACACCACGGUGGGACGUUCCACUGCUGCUCCUUCUGCUCCAGUGGAGGAGCCAAAGAGGCAAUCUGUGGCUGCGCAGGAACGAUGUCAGGAGGGUUUAAAGGCUGUGGUCACGGUCAUAAGGGACAUCCCGGGAAGCCCCACUGGUCCUGCUGCGGCAGCACCACUGAGAAGUCUGAGUGUUUACCUCCGAGCGUGUUGGCUGCUGUCUCUCCUCGUGGACAUCUGCGCACCGUGGAGCUGUGAGGGACCCAGAGAUGAGAACACAGAUCCAUCUAUAUUCUUGUCGUUGUUAUAAACAACAUUACAAUGGAACAAAUGCAGAGCUCUCAGUCAAAAACGGUCUGUUCUCUGGUGUUCACAUGUCUGUGGACAAUUAUUUCACCUAAAUGAAAAUGUGAAAUCAUUCUUUACUUGUUUCCAUCAUAUAGAGGAUUUUUUAAUAAAUGACAUCUAAAAAAAAACACUAUUAAAUACAGCCAUGAUGUGUUGAGCUCCACUGUAUCCCCUCUGUGGGCAGAUCAUGGCUCAGAAGAACAACACAUCUCCUGGUAGACCAUGCUGACUAACACUAACCCAGCUGAAUGUUGCCGACCACAGUCUCCUCCAGUAACUGUAACAGCCCAAACCACUACACCACCUCCACCUUGGGUCUAAUCCUAACCCUGGCUCUAACGAGGUUACCCUAACCCAAACCACUACACCACCUCCACCUUGGGUCUAAUCCUAACCCUGGCCCUAACAGGGUUACCCUAACCGAAACCACUACAACACCUCCACCUUGCUUUUGUUGUGGCUCUAAUCCUAAAGGUUGGUUUAUGCUUGACGCGUCCGUGAGGUCCGCACGGCUCCGCGCGGAAAAGUUGCGUCAUUUUAACAACCACGCCCCUCCACCGCACCUCCGCACGGCCCAAAAUUUCCGCAGCGCGCACCUAGGAAAUUUUCUAACCACGCGGACGGUCGGACGCGGAAAAGCAUGGCGGACCGGCAAGAACUAGUAUGGCAGAGGUUCAUAAAUACAGACAUUUGUGUGAUUCAGCUCUCAGAGAUCACCGCGAUCAACAUGUUGUUAAUAAUUCUUGGUGAGAAAUAGCUCGCACUGUCAGAAAAGACAAGGACCCUGUUAAAAAUGCUGGAAUGCCAUGUUGUAAACAACAGUAAUUUUUACUUCUACUAUGGUGUAGUGUUGGAUGCAUGUCGUAGAGCUCCAUGCUGCCCCCUACAGUUUGGGAGAAUAUCGGCUCACCGCAGAGACAAGCCGCUUGAACCAUAAACGCUGCAAGUUGUGAAGCGCGUUCCAUCCGCGAGCCGCAUCACCAAGCGGAAAGUAAAUGCGUCAACCAUAAACCAAGCUUAACCCUGGCUCAAACAGGGUUACCCUAACCCAAACCACUACACCACCUCCACCUUGCUAGUGUCUUGCCUCUAACAGGGUUUCUACACCAAAGAGGUUCCUGUGCUUGUCCUUAAAAAAUAGUCUUGUGACCCAUAAUAUCUGUCAGACAGAUUAGACAUACACGACUAUUGUAAGAAAACCACCCAUUUGUAGCUUUUCCCUCCCCCGCCCCCAAAUUCCAGGAUUUUAGGUAAGAACAUAUACAAUUCUUGAAAGCAGAAAAACUGAAUUUAUUGGAGGAAAGAAGCUCUGAGUGUCUCUAAAUGAGCUGCUGAUCUGAGUAAAAGUGAAACCAACUCAGAGAUUUUAGACUUGGAGCUCAUGUUUUCCUCAGCUGUUCUCUUGGAACCAGCAGAUGGUGCUGGGAGAACAGCCAGAGCUCUUGGUAAUGGGAACACGAAGAACUGGUUCACUACUGGAACUGGAAAAAGUGGACCAUCCAUCCAUUCCCAGUUGCUUAACCUUUUUUUCCUUUCAGGUUUUUAUGCCAUUAAUUUGUGUUUUUUCAAGUAGUGCAGAAUCACAAAGGUGGAUCUGCACCAGAGUCAGCCCCGCCCAUUCACGCAAACUCAGCCCAGCCCACUGACUUCUUCUGUUUGUUUUUUUUUUUUGUUUGUUUUGUUUUUUUACUUUAUUGCAAACUAACCUGACCUACAUGAACUACGGCUGUUACUAGUUUACAGUUGUUAAUACUAAAUUCCAAUUAAGCAAGAUAAGUAUAAUUUGCUACAUGAAAUGAAAGGUUCUUUUCAGCAAAUUUCUGCCCACGGCCGCUCCGACAAAAUGCGCCUAAACCAGGGUUUUAGGCUAACCGAUUAUUGUAUGAGCUCUGGUAGUCCAGUGGUGUAACGGUCUGACUUAUGCUUCGUUUUGCCCUCUGCUGACGCUGGUUUGACUCUCACUGGGGUCGGCAGUAAUGUAUUUAGCCAACUGAAACAGAUUUUAUUUAUUAAUAUUUUAGUUUUAUUGAUUAUUUUCUACAAAAUAUUUUAUGUCUCUAAAAAGGUAUUUGAAUUUGGUUGUUUCUAAGCAGCAUUUUAGUUUAAACUCUGGACCCACACUGGCUAAAUAAACAAAGAAGGUAAAAACAAACUGAUUAGUUGUUAUAUUUUAAACCGUUUACCAAUAAAGGGUUGAAAACACAAUAUUGGCAAGAGUAGCUAGGAAAAAAAAAGUUGAUGCCACGACCGGGAGGAGAACCUGCACAAAACUACACACCAGUCUGACACCAUAGUCACCCCACCACUACAUCUGUUACAGUAUGGUUGGUGCCACGUAUCCUAUCUAGUGUGUCUUUGUAGACGGAUGGAUGGUUUUUCUGGCGGUGUCCCAGUAGAAGUCAUUUCAGAAGUCAUUUUUCAGAAAAUCCACAGAAUAUCCAGAUCUGAGAACCAAGACCAGACCUGCUUCAGGGGGAGAAGAAAUGCACAGUAGUGGCUUACUUUCUUCCAUUUGCAGGAAAAAUCUUUACAUUCAAUUCAGUUCAGAAAUACUUUAUUAAUCCCAGAGGGAAAUUGAUUGCUGUAGUAGCUCUGAAUAAUAAUAAUAAUCAAGUCAUCCAAGAGUUAUUGUAUAUUACAAUGGCUGUUGGCAGGAAGGAUCUCCAGUAGCGGUCAGUGUUGCAGCCAAACUGAAGAAGCCUCUGACUGAAGGCACUCUUCCGUUGUCGGACAGUCUUGUGAAGAGAAUGCUCAGGCUGAUUUAAAUCAGAAUAAAAUACAAACUUUAGGCUUCAGUUAAGCUGCGUGUUUGCGUGUAUCUGAUGUCGGCAACAGCCGGGAAACGUUUGUGUUUUCUGAAAAUAAAAUGUUGCUUUUAUGUGAGAUCAGCUGAUGCUGUUUUAACCUCCAACCCUCUCCAAAGCUGCUCUGACUUCUCCAGAGGUUUUGACCCACCCACCCACUCCUUGUUGCAACAUGAAAAAUAAAGUUUUCACUCUCA